AUAUUAGAGGAACUUUGUGUUGAGCGUGAGCUUUCUUAUCUAAAAUGCGAAGAAAAGGAAAGUGGCACUCCGGCUGUCCGGGGUUUCAGGCUACUUCGGUUUUCUUGCGGCUAAGUGAAGCAUGCACAGCGUAAAAGCUGCUACGCAUCUGCAGCACGGAGAGUGCGAGUGUGAACUAAUUCUGGGCGAGUUGCUGACGUCUCAGGGGUUUAUGCAUUAUGGCAAUGUUGGCGCCGAGGCGUCGCUGACUUACUCGCGAGUCUGCUCCAAAAAAUUCGCGAUUAGUGAUAGCUAGCGCUAUUCAUAGGUAGUUGCCUAUCUUCUCGGUACGGUCGAAAGACUGGUUCUGAAAGCAUUGGUGCCGCAGCAGGUCAAACUACGUCUUUCCGCUCUCGCUUCUCUUGCUCUGUGCUUUGUCUUCUGGAGGAAGGCGGCUCCUCGCGAUGUCGCGAAGUGUCGAGCAUCCUGGUGCGCUGGUGACGAGGCGCCGACCGCUGCUGCUACAACUCGCCUUUACGGUCGCUGCACUGGGGAACGUUGUGCUAGAUGCGGACACGGCAGACCGGUAUUCGCCCGAGAGUCAUGAUUCGGCCGGUUCGGAUCGCGCGCGGCCGAAAAGAGCAACGAGGGGGGGGGACGGAAGUCCAUCCCGGCCGUGUUUACGCACCCUCCGCCAAGCUCUUUAUAUCCAAAUGGAAAAUUUGCUACGCGGCGGAAACUCUACUUCCAGCGGUUUCCACGAAGGUACUUAUGUACGGUGUGAGCACCUCCUCCUACUUAUUCUCUUUCUGCGGUGCUUCUUUUUCACUUGUUGGAUUUGCUGCUACCACACUGCUAGAGUUUUAGCAAGAGAGUUUCCUGCCGCCUCCCCCGAUGGUAAUAUUUAUGGCUUUCGUUAAGUUUUUUAUAUCGUGAUCUUCAUCGUAAAAAUGGCCACGCAGUUGUACUCCCUUCAAGUUGAAGAAUUUUAAAAGAGGUUGUUGAGCAUAUACUAGUAAACUUCUCCCAUUCAUCAUUUCGAUUUCCCAAUAAGGUACGCAAGUUUUGCAGAUGUCAGUGUGA